GAAAACUGGAACUUCCUCCGGAUAUUAGGGGAUCAGAACUGAAGAGCUCAUUCCUCUCCUUAGGCAGAACCUUCUCAAGCUCUGGUACUUCUCUGUCACUUGCUCUGUGUAGUUUUAGAUCUCUAAAUUUCUCAGUAGUCCACUACCAUGGAUACGCAUGACAACCAGCCACACCCAGCAACAAGAUCAAAACCCUCUAAAAUCUACUGUUUAUCAAUACCGAUCCUCUUUUUAGCAAUAUCAUUAAGUUUCUUCAUCAAGACAAGCCACUACUUCAAAAUCCAACACCUAAAAUCAACACUCACAUCAAACCCCACUUAUUUUCAAGAACUCCUAGGGUUUCUUUAUUCAACCCAAAACCCCACCAAAACCCAACAAACAAAUCACAUUUCCGUACCCUCUCACUGUGUUUUAUGGAUGGCACCUUUCCUUUCAGGUGGUGGGUAUAGCUCAGAAUCUUGGUCAUAUAUUUUAGCACUUAAUGAAAACGUGCACAAGAAAAGGUUUAAGUUGAGUAUUGAGCAACACGGUGAUCUAGAAUCUUUGGAGUUUUGGGAAGGUUUGCCUCAAGAAACCAAGAACUUGGCUGUUAAGCUUUAUCAAACUGAAUGCAGAGUAAAUGAGACUAUUGUGAUAUGUCAUAGUGAGCCUGGUGCCUGGUACCCACCAUUGUUUCAAACCAGGCCUUGUCCACCAACUGGUUAUGAAAAUUUUAAUUUUGUUAUUGGUAGAACCAUGUUUGAGACUGAUAGAGUGAAUGCUGAGCAUGUUAAGAGAUGUAAUAGAAUGGAUUAUGUUUGGGUUCCUACUGAUUUUCAUGUGUCUACGUUUGUGCAAAGUGGGGUUGAUCCAUCUAAGGUUGUUAAAGUGGUUCAGGCUGUUGAUGUUGAGUUCUUUGAUCCUUUAAAGUAUGAGCCUUUAGAUCUUGUUUCAAUAGGGAAUUUGGUUUUGGGUUCAGGAAAGAAGGAUCUGGAUUCGAAGAUUGAGUUUGUGUUCUUGAGUGUGUUUAAGUGGGAGUAUAGGAAAGGGUGGGAUGUAUUGUUGAAAGCAUACUUGAAAGAGUUUUCUAGGAUUGAUGGGGUUGCUUUGUACUUGCUAACAAAUCCUUACCAUUCUGAUAGGGAUUUUGGGAACAAGAUUGUGGAGUUUGUUGAGGAUACUGGCAUAGAGGAACCAGUUAAAGGUUGGGCGCCUAUUUAUGUGAUUGGUACUCAUAUAGCUCAGGUUGAUUUGCCAAGAAUGUAUAAGGCUGCCCAUGCAUUUGUUCUUCCAUCAAGAGGAGAAGGGUGGGGGAGGCCUCUGGUGGAGGCCAUGUCAAUGUCUUUGCCAGUUAUUGCAACGAAUUGGUCUGGACCAACAGAGUAUUUGACAGAGGAGAAUAGCUAUCCAUUACUGGUGGAUAGAAUGAGUAAAGUUAUGGAAGGGCCAUUUGAAGGGCAUCUUUGGGCUGAACCUUCUAUUGAUAAGCUACAAGUUUUGAUGAGGCAUGUAAUAACUAAUGUUGAGGAAGCAAAUAUGAGGGGAAGGCGAGCAAGGGAAGACAUGAUUAGAAGGUUUUCUCCUCGGAUUGUUUCUGGUGUUGUCACAGAUCUAAUUGAAAAUCUACUUGAUCGGAUGAUUUGAGAGUUUUGCUUCUUCGUGCUUGCGGAGUUCAUAUAUGGUGUGGGUCAGCUGGGGAAUUAAGUAAUCAGAUUUCAAUAUGGCAUGGCAUCUUUGUAAAUGAGGAGACACAUGAUGUAUUUUGCAGGUCUACGAGAUGUUUGAACAACCGGAUGACUUCAUUUCCAACGUGUCCUUGUUUAUGUUCAAGUGUUCUGUCACUGUAUAGACAAAUUAUGUCAAAUUUUGAGACAUUCAAGAGCUAAGUUUCAGGGUUUUAAGCAUCUGCUAGGUUGCUUCUGUUGUUGAGCAUGGCUGCUGGAGAGAGUGCCAGUGCCUAGAAUUGCUAAUUCAAGAGUGCAACAAUACGUGGGAAACUCUAUACACUAGACAGUGCUUUGUGUAAUGGCUUGCCGUUCUAAAUAAUCUUCCAUCAAGGAUAGGCAAAUUUCUUAUCAAUUUGCAUGAUCUUUGUAAUUCAGGAAGAGAGGUAGAUGAUUGACUAACAAUAUUUGAAUGGGCCAAUUGGAACAUGCAGUAAAGAACCUUUCCUUCAGUUA